CAGACACAGAGCGGGCGGGUUGAGUCUGUAAGGUUCUCAUGUGUUAAAUAAGAGCGCGGCGCUGUUCAUCUGCUGCUCAUUACUUAAUCUAGACAGCGUUUGAUUUGUUGAGUUCACUAAAUACUCUACACACAGACAGAGAUGGCAGAAACCGCCCCAGCUGCAGCCGCCCCGCCGGCCAAAGCGCCCAAGAAGAAGUCCGCCGCUAAAGCCAAGAAAGCAGGUCCGGCCGUCGGUGAUCUGAUCGUUAAAGCCGUGUCCGCAUCCAAGGAGAGGAGCGGCGUGUCUCUCGCUGCUCUGAAGAAAGCUCUCGCCGCCGGCGGCUACGACGUGGAGAAGAAAAACUCCCGCAUCAAGCUCGCCAUCAAGAGCCUGGUGACUAAAGGCAUCCUGCUGCAGGUCAAAGGAACCGGCGCCUCUGGAUCCUUCAAGAUCAGCAAGAAGGAGACCGAGACCAAGAAGAAGCCGGCGAAGAAAGCGGCUCCUAAAGCCAAGAAGCCCGCGGCCAAGAAACCCGCUGCUGCCAAGAAGCCCAAGAGCGCAGCGGCAAAGAAGCCCGCCGCUAAGAAAUCCCCCAAGAAGGCCAAGAAACCCGCUGCCGCCGCCAAGAAGGCCACGAAGAGCCCCAAGAAGGCGAAGAAGCCCGCGGCGCCCAAGAAAGCAGCCAAGAGCCCCAAAAAGACCAAGGCCGCCAAACCCAAGACAGCGAAGCCUAAAGCUGCCAAGCCUAAAAAGGCAGCUCCCAAGAAGAAGUAAAAACCUGCUGUUUUAUUCCCCAACGGCUCUUUUCAGAGCCACCCACAAACUAAAGAAAGAUCAGUUUACUUAGUGGAAUUAAGGUUAGGUUGAGAAACUUAACUAAUUUGUGCCCCCAUUUUACUUGAAAAACAACACAAUAAAUAAACAACGAUGAACACUGAAGUGUUUCAUAGAUAUUCCACGCAGCAGCAAAGAUAAAAGAGCUUCUGAGUCGUUCUGUAGAACACAGUCAUCACUAAUCUUCCACUAAAUCAACACUGAACUACAAAUACCAUCUACUGGAUGUUCUGCAUAGUACUAAAUCAUUUUUAUUUGCCUUCUGACCAUGGAUUGUCAGCGUUAUUACUGCUUCAUUGUGUCUUCAUAAAUCAAUGAUCAACUCCUUCUCCACAUAAUAAAUAAAUGAAAAAUCAUCGCACCAUGUAUCAAGAAGCUGAACAUCUCUUACAUUGUCCAAAGUCAAACCAUUAGUUCGUUUGAUUAACGUUAGACCCACAGUGUC